AUGGCGGGAGAAUCCGCGUCUUCCGCCGUCCCGCCUCCUCCGCGCGACGAUGGCGGCGAUAGCAGCGCAGCGCGCGCCGCGGCGGAACCUACCGCCCCUUCUCCCCAGCCAUCGGGAGCGCCAGGUGCAUCUGGAGCGCCCGACGAGCAAGCGUCGACUGAGUCAGCAGAAGCGGCGGCAGAAGCGGCGGAGGACGCGGCGUUGGAAGCGGCGGUGGCGGCGCUGCCGUCGCUGCUGCUGACGCCGGAGCUGGCGGAGGCGGUGGAUCAUCCGGACGUGGCGGCGAUGCGCAGCCUCAUGGAGGAGACGCCCGAGGAGGAAGUCACGUGGCUGAGGGUGAGUGGUGGGCUGGAGUCGGGGGGUGCGCAUGCCCCGUGGCGUGCGCGCAGCGCUCGACAGCGCGGAGAGCAGGCGAGCAGCGCUGGUGAAGACAGCGCGCGCGCGCUCUGGCUCGAGACGCGCGCAUCCCCCUGUUACGCCUCCUCCCGCACGCCCUUCAUAACUCACACUACACCCCCGCGCACUCUCGCGCACCCCCGCGCAUCCCCGCGCGCACAUCCGCAGGAGCAAGGCAACAUAGCGCUGAAGGAGGGGCAGGAGCAGGGGCGCAAGGGGCAGCGCAAGCAGCAGCGGCAGGCGUACCUCAAGGCCUUGGACCUCUACUCGCAGGCGCUCUCCGUGCGCGACGCGCACCCGCUCGCGGACAUCCCCGCCUCCGCGGUGGCGGUGCUGCGCGGCAACCGCGCGCAGGCGCACCUGCUGCUGGGGAACUAUGGGCACGCGCUCGCGGACGCCGCCGAGUCCAGCCGCCUCGACCCCUCCAACGCCAAGCCCCUCUACUCACAGCCAGUGGGGCAUGUGGAAGAAGCGGGGCGGGCGUUGGACGGUGUGCUCCCCCAUGUAUCCCAUCACCCCUGCGCUCGCCUGCCUGCACUUCCCUCUCCCACUUCUUCACAAUCUGCACCACCCUCUCCCCACCUUCCCCUACCUUCGUCCUACACACCCCCCCCCUUGCCACCUGUGCCAUCCCCCUGCCAGGCGCCCUUCAGAGCGGCAAAGGCGUGCCUGGCAUUGAAGCGCUAUGCAGAAGCCAUCACGUGGUGCGACGCUGCUCUAGCACUGCCCUGUGCCGCCCCAGCAGACCUGCUCAAGCUGCGCGGCGACGCACAGAGCAAGCUGGCUGUGCUGCAGGCGGCGGCAGCGCGCAGCACCGCCAUCCGCAGCAAGGCGGAGCGCCUGGCGGCGUGCAUCACGCAGCGUGGCGUGCGCAUGGGGCGCGCCGCGUACAAGGCUCUCAGCGGUGCGCGCAAGCCGUGGGCGGACGAGACAGGGGCGGUGCACUGGCCGGUAGUGGUGGUAUACCCUGAAGUCAUGGGCAGCGAUUUGAUCGAGGACGCGUGUGAGACGGACACGCUGGCCGUGCACGUGCGGGAGAUGUUUGGCGCGCACGCGCCGCCACUGGAGUGGGACACAGCGGGCGCAUACAGCGCGGACGCCGUGCAGCUCUUCCUGCGCACCAGCGCUGUUCCCGCUGUUGCCAGCGCUGCCCUGCCACGCGCCCUGCUGGAGGACUCUGCGGGGCUGACAGACGAGGAUAACUAG